AUGGACAGGCCAAUCAUUGCUGGCCAACUUAAAGACAAGUCACUCUUCCAGGACAGUGAUGGCAGCGCAGUUCCUGCCAAAGGCGUGUGCCAUAAUUGUUCAAAGCUAAAGAUAUUUCUUGGAGCUCUAGCUUUUUCCUUUUUUGCCAAAGGAUUUUCUGGAAGCUACAUGAAGAGCAUGUCCAGUCAAAUUGAAAGGAGAUUUGAAAUCUCAUCAUCAAUUGUUGGCAUUAUUGAUGGCAGCUUUGAGAUAGGUAACUUAAUGGUAAUGGUGUUGGUGAGCUACCUGGGACCACGAGUUCAUCGACCAAAAGUAAUUGCUGUUGGAUGUCUCAUCAUGUCCUUAGGAGCAUUUUUGUCAGUGAUGCCUCAGUUCCUAAUGGGACGUUAUAAUUAUGAAAGGAUAACUGUUACUGUGGUCAACUCCUCUACGAGUGUAUCAGCUUGCUCCCCAGCAUCGUCUGAGGGCCAUCCAGUCACAGAUGCUACAGAAACACCCAGCACAAUGAAAAAUUUUGGAUGUGAGAAAACAACAAAUUCCUAUCUGUGGCUCUUUGUGUUGAUGGGGAACCUUUUACGUGGAAUUGGGGAAGCACCAGUUAUGCCACUGGGGGUUUCAUAUAUUGAUGAUUUUUCUAAAGAAGAAAACUCAGCAUUUUACAUAGGCCUGGUGAGAUCCUCGGGCAUGUUUGGGCCGACCCUGGGCUUCCUGCUGGGAUCUUUCUGUGCCAGCCUCUGGGUUGACAUUGGUGUUGUGGAUAUCGAUGCCAUCAGCAUAAAUCCUAAGGAUACCCGUUGGGUUGGUGCCUGGUGGCUUGGAUUGCUUAUCUGUGGAGCAGUCAACUUCAUUGCUUCAUUGCCUUUCUGGUUUCUGCCUUACUCCUUACCAAAAGAAGGAGAGAAUGAAAACCUGAAGAUUAGUCAUUUGCCUUUUCAAGGAGAUCACUGUAAAAUAGACCCCCCAGCUCAGCCACAGUUAAAGUUCUCAGAGGCAGUAAAAGAUUUCUUCCCAGCUCUGAAGAAGCUGUUUGGAAAUCCAAUUUUUCUGGUGUACAUCUUUCUCACUAUUCUGCAGUACAAUUCUCUUGUUGGGUUGAUAACCUAUGAGACAAAGUUUAUGGAGCAGCAAUUUAAUGUAUCAGUGGCAAGAGCCAUCUUUCUAAUUGGUGUGAUACUUUUACCCAUCACAAUCCUGGGGAUGUUUCUAGGAGGCUUUCUGAUCAAGAAAUUCAAACUUCACAUAACUGAAAUGGCAAAGUUUGCAUGCAUCACCUUUAUAGUAGCAUAUUUGUUAAACCUCUUGUACUUUACGUGCAGUUGUGAGGUGCUCCAGGUGGCUGGUUUGACAGUGCCCUACGCUGGAUUAAAGCAUCUUUCCUCCCCCAAAAACAGCUUCAUGGCCAGUUGCAAUGCUGACUGCAGCUGCAAGCUGGAUCAGUGGGACCCUGUAUGUGGGGAUAAUGGGAUCACUUACAUGACGGCCUGCUUUGCGGGAUGCAAAUCAUCAACCGGGAUGGGAAAGAAUAUGGUGUUUCACAAUUGCAGCUGUGUGAAAGGACAAGUGCAUGGACUUGGCAAUUCCUCUGCACUUCUGGGACAAUGCCAAAGAGAAAGCUGUACCAAAGCAUUUCCCUAUUUUUUAGCAUUACAGACUGCAUGUGCAUUUAUUUUAGCCUUAGGAGGCACUCCUACAUACAUGAUUAUGUUUAGAUCUGUUUCACCAGACUUGAAAUCCUUUGCUGUUGGGAUUGAAACUUUAGGUGGUAGAGUACUAGGAGGACUCCCAGCCCCUAUUUAUUUUGGUGCCUUGAUCGAUGAGACCUGCUUGAAAUGGGGGACAAAAAACUGUGGGGGAUCUGGAUCUUGUCGGGUAUAUGACACAAAAGCAUUCAGAAAUGUCUAUCUUGGCCUCAUUGCAGGACUACGGGCAGGAUGCUGUCUCCUAUACAUAGUGCUCUCUGUUUUAAUAAUGAAACGCUUCAAACCAGAUGGCAAAGAGAUGACAAAUAUUAAAAAUACAGAAAGAUCAACCAGCAAAGAACCAGCUACUGCCAACAAAAAAGAAAUUCUUCCUGGUGCAAGAACCUCAGAGGAGAGUGAGGAAACUUGUAUGUAA